AUGGAAAUGGGGAAUAGGGAAGAUUGGGACCCAUUCUCAUAUAACGGAGAAGAAGCCAAGCAGAAGAAGGCAGACAUUCUCCAUGGAUCAAAAGAGCUAGUUCGUGGUGGUGGAGGGCUCCGCCGUCCCUUAUUGUGUAUGCUAAAUGCUGACAU